AUGUCUGGAGCGAUACCCACUGAGCAACCGAUCCUGAACAACUUUCACCCUCUUGACCACUCGCGGCGCCGACUCGUAAUUAAGGCACAUUUCGAAUUUCACUGCCACUGGAUCGAGGAGAAUUGGGCAGCUUCCCGUGCACAAGUGCAGCAGAGUCUUUUCACCGCGGUACACAGUGCCACAGACGCUCGCCAGAUUGGGGACGUCUGGUUUCAGUUCGAGGGUGACUACCUCACAUGGUGCCACUACGUCGGCAGGCUGCAACACUACUCUCAUUCGCAGCAAUACUGGCAUGUUUGGCCCUGGGGUCGUAUGGCAUCGAUACAUGCCCAUGACGUUUCAGGCGGAAUCUCCAAAGAGUACGAUGCUUGGCUCAAGGCAAAGUCCAACUCGAUCCCAAACCAGCUCCAGGAACAACAGAAAAACACUCUCGAAAGUGUCACCAAUCACUUCUCUUGUUGA